UUACACAUCGAGCCUUUUAAACUUGCAGAAAAAGCUCGAUCUGAUUCUGAACUGAACUCACAUGGACUCUGCACAACUUUCUCAGCUCUAAAACACGAAAAUAAAAACAAAUAAAAAUAAAUAAAUAAACAAAUAAAUAAAUAAAAAUACCCGCAAAAUCUGGCUUACAGUCCAAAGCGAGCCAUGGCUGAGCUGAGGCACUCGAGCUCGAUCGGAGCCCGAGCCUCUUCGUCUCCGAUGAAGCGCGACGAGGACGCUUCGCCUUUCAUUCCCGAUACGCAGCCCAACGAAAACGACGACGACGAUAGUCGCGGUCGACACGUCCACAAGGAUCGUGACCGUUCAUUCUGGUCUCAUUUCCAAUCUCUCUGCCCUUUCCUCAGUGAUGAUUCUAGGGUUUCCUAUCACAGCUCCAGGAUCCCACUCUUCUUACUCAUUUUCGUCGUUCUUGUCGGUUUGAUCUCGAUUUUCUCCAUCGUCAAACGAUUGAAUGCCCCAUACUUGUGUAGGAAAGAUGGCAUUGUUCUUCACUGCCCAGAUGUAAAGGAAGCUCCUUCACUCUGGGAGAAUCCUUAUUCUGCAACCACGUCUUGGAAACCAUGUGCGGAACGCCGUGACGGUGGAAUUUCAGAUCUACCUCCUGAAAAUGAAACUAGUGGCUAUAUAUUCAUUCAUGCUGAGGGAGGUCUGAAUCAACAACGAAUUGCGAUAUGCAAUGCAGUAGCUGUUGCCAAAAUAAUGAAUGCCACCCUUAUUUUGCCAGUGUUGAAGCAGGAUCAAAUUUGGAAAGACCAAACGAAAUUCGAAGACAUCUUCGAUGUAGAUCAUUUUAUUGAUUACCUGAAGGAUGAUGUGCGAAUUGUUCGAGAUAUUCCAGAUUGGUUUACAGACAAAUCAGAGCUAUUUUCAAGUAUAAGACGGACUGUUAAAAACAUUCCAAAGUAUGCACCAGCGCAGUUUUACAUUGAUAAUGUUCUGCCUCGAGUCAAGGAGAAAAAGAUAAUGGCCCUAAAGCCUUUCGUUGACCGGCUUGGGUAUGACAAUGUUCCUCCAGAGAUAAACAGGUUAAGGUGUAGGGUUAACUAUCAUGCUCUGAAAUUUCUUCCUGAGAUAGAGCAGAUGGCUGAUUUGUUGGCAUCAAGGAUGAGAAAUCGAACUGGAAGCUCAAAUCCUUAUAUGGCCCUUCAUCUAAGGUUUGAGAAAGGGAUGGUUGGCCUUUCUUUCUGUGAUUUUGUGGGGACAAGAGAUGAGAAAGCUAAAAUGGCAGAAUACAGAAAAAAAGAAUGGCCUCGACGGUACAAGAACGGUUCCCAUCUAUGGCAAUUGGCCCUGCAGAAGCGAAAGGAAGGACGAUGCCCACUUGAGCCUGGGGAAGUGGCUGUGAUUCUCCGGGCAAUGGGAUAUCCCAAGGAAACUCAAAUUUAUGUUGCUUCUGGACAGGUCUAUGGUGGGCAGAACAGGAUGGCUCCUCUCAGGAACAUGUUCCCUUUUCUGGUUACAAAGGAGGAGCUGGCAACUAAAGAAGAGUUGGAUAAAUUCAGGAAGCAUGUCACUAGCUUGGCAGCACUUGACUUCUUGGUUUGCUUGAAAUCUGAUGUUUUUGUGAUGACCCAUGGAGGCAACUUUGCCAAGCUGAUAAUUGGAGCGCGUCGGUAUAUGGGUCACCAACUUAAAUCGAUAAAACCAGACAAGGGUCUUAUGUCCAAGUCUUUCGGGGACCCAUACAUGGGAUGGGCCACCUUUGUGGAGGACGUAAUAGUCACACACCAGACACGGACAGGAUUGCCAGAAGAGACGUUUCCUAACUAUGACUUGUGGGAGAACCCUCUGACUCCUUGCAUGUGCAAAGCCUGAACAAAGGAUAUCUAACUGAAAGUACCAGAGAUUUAUGUUGUGAGGGCAUUUCCUCCACGAACUCGGACAUCAUAUUUGGGAAACGAAAGUUUUAGCCAGAAGAAAACUAAAGAAAUCAGCAAGGAUUGGCUGGCUAAUGCAGUGUUAAUGUGGGAAUAUGUGGAUGACAACUGCUGGCAGCAGAGCAAGAAUUUGAUAGUUUCAUGUCGGGGCUCUCAUUUUAUAACCCAUUUUGUUCUAUCUUCUUUCCAGAGAAACUCGGCACUCAUAGUCUCAAUAUCUAAUUUUUUUUUUUUUUUUAAAUCUUUUUGUAGUUGUCUAAAGAACAAGAAAUUUUUUUGUGUAUCAUCCAAACUGUGUAAAUUACAGGUCAAAUGUGAAAGAAUUGCUAGUGAUAUACAAGAUUGAAUCAUUCAAAGGAA